UUGGUCCUUGCGAGGCGUUUCAUCCUCCUGUAGCUGUGUGGGAUACCUUUUUUUUGAAGUUUUUAAUCAUUCUCCUGUUUAUAUCUACCUGUGGUUUCUAAACUAUUUCUACAACACACAAACAAAGCGCUGAGGAAUACAGAACAAAUAUUGCAAAAAAAACCUCAAAAGUCCUAACACUAUGUUCAAGAAUCGAGAGAAUGGUUUGUCUACCGAGGCGGUGUCUACAGUUGUACAAUUUCGACUUUCGAGAAAUUCUGACGAAGUCCUUCCAGAGGAACUUCGCUUAUGAUGUUGGUAACGUCUUACGUCUAAGGUAACGUCUGAUCUUCGGCAACUUUUGCUGCAUCUAACACAACUAAGGCGGUGGUGUAUGUGGUAAACGGCGUCAGAUUCACACGAGAGGACCAGAGAUCAAAUCCCAUCCGGACCGUGUUCCUCCUCAGGAAGUCCUGACGUGAUAAAUGUCAAGUAAGCCUGAAAUUACCGGUGUGACGUGACCUUAGAGAUCUCAAAUCCAAGAAGGAAUACAGCUAAGAAACUGUCCGUAUUUUGCCCUGUUUAUAUCCAUCUGGAUUAUUCAUUUUGUACAAGAAGUUUUGGAAAUUUCUAGUGGCGUCAGUAUGUCUAACUGAAUGGAGAACAUUUUCCAAGUCACAUUGUAACAGUACCAGGGUUUCAAAUUGGACCCUGGUCUUCGUUUAAAGUUGUGCCGUUUUUUUUGGACAGUGCCAGAAUUGACACAAACAAAAUCAUAAUUGAAUAUGGGAGCUUUCGAAUUCCGCGGUUUUUUUUUUUACCUUCCGCCAUCGAUUUUUGCUGAACAUUUUUUUGCUGGGUUGUAUAAAAUUGACAGCUCACGUUACUGUUACCGUACUGGACAUGUAUCUAGCAGCAUUGUGAUGUUCUUUUCCGCGAUCCUCGGUACCCCCUCCCGUCUCUCCCAAGCGGGCCAGUUGCAUUUUGCCAGUUGCAACGUGUUUGCUGGGGCAUUCUUGACCGGUAACUACGCAUACAUAUCUGUGCACGUAAGCAUUGUAAACCGGACACUUCCCCAACUCUGCCGAAACGACCCCUGGCGUAUCGUGCGGCGAUCUCUUUCACACGCUCGUUGCGUUGGUGUGCUUCCCUCUCGCUUUGCCACACGCCGAGAAGAUCUGGUUCCGAGCGUGUUCUGCGUGUUGCGUGCGGUUACUUGGGCUAGCGACCGGCGUGUCCGCAAACACCGAUGAAGAUGAUCCCAAAACUGACCGCAGCACAUUUCGCACAGUGCAACCACCUCCGGGGGGGAGGCGCGCUCGCGCUAACAACCAAACUGAUCCGAUUCCGAUCCGGACCGAUUGCGUUUCUCUAUCCAGACCCAGGGUCCCCCCCCCACCCCCGGGUCUCGUUCCCACUGUCUUUUCUAGCCAAAGCCAAACGUUCACCGGUGUUCGGUUCGCCAACCUCGAUCGCCCAACCGAACAGAAAACGUCUCGCUAUGCGUGUUUGUGUUUGUGUGCGUCUAAGCCCAUACACAUUUCUUCUCAAGGGGGGGGAUUUCGGCAUGCCAACACACCCGGCGCACACCCGGCAUUAUCGAGGGCGGCUUCAACCCAAACACCUUUCGGUAUGACACGCAACGAAACAAAAAAGAAAAGAAAAGAAAAAAAAACUGCAUUACAAGUGUGUAGGUAAUUGUGCGUCGCAACUGUGUGUAUAUUGCGUGUGCGAGCUUAGGUUAAAAAUAUAUAUAUAAUCUGAUCAGCCUACUUUACGAGACGUUCGGUUCAGAGAGACGGAGAUCGACACCUUCGUCCCAUUAUUUGAUACAAAGCGUACCCUACCCCUCUACUUGAUCUUUAUACGAUAAAACUCAAUUGACAGUUUCGUGCUUGUGUCAUCUGCUAUCUUUCUUCUUUUUCUUUAUAGCACUACAUCUCGGCGGUACACUAUCUCAUACACAAGAUAAUGUUGGAGAUAAGUUCCAGAUUGUAACAAAAAAAAACAAAUCCUUGCAAGUGUAGAGUCGCCUUGUUAGUAUUGAUGCUAUCGCAGUAUUGUUAGUACGUUGCGAAUCACCUGUAGGUUAGGAAUCCGAUAUCGAUUGUGAAAUUCUUUUGCACAGUGGUGUAAAGAUCACUUAACGUUUUUAUCUUCCGUUUACUAGUAGGAUGUAAAAUAUGUGGUAUAAACAUUAUACGAAAAAAGAUGACGUAUGACAGCGUUUGUCUUUGCGAUAUAAACGUCAGUAAUAGUCAGGUUGUGGUUGUGUGGGUUCGUUCGGUUCGAUAAGCUGUGUUUCAUAUCUCGAAACGUUUUCAUUGUAUAGCCAAGAGAAGAGCGCUUAACCAACACUUGAAGGAUUAGGUGCAUUAUGUUCUAAUUGCUUCACAAGGCAAACGUAUCGUUGCGUACGCUUAAUUGUCACUGAUCGAGUCAACACACAUACACACAAGAACGGUGUAAAACCCGUUAUUAUUGAUAAUGGCUUUCGAUUUGACGUUUAGAAUUAAGUACCAAAAAAACAAUCAAUUUUGACAUUUGUAAUUUACGGCUGUCAGAUUUGUAGUGUCACAAGGUUUUGCUUCAUUAGUCACCUUAGCUAUAAAAAGUAAAACUACUGCAUUUCUAGUUAGAGUUGUGCGUAGUUAAUCAUUUUUGCAGCGCAUUCUCAACAUUGGUAGAGGUGUCAUCGAGAAACUAAUUUCAGUUUAAUUGGUUGUUUCAGUCGGUUUUUGAUUGACUUGCUGGCUGAAUAUAAUUGAGUGGAAAAUUUUCAUACCUUUUUUUCUCUACACAGUGUGUGAUGUAAGGCGGGCAUGUGGAAGCGGAUUAAAAAUAUGAAAUUGAAACUUUUCUACCGAUUCCGCAACGCAACAGCUGCUUAUUCUAUUCUAACCUGUUUCUCACUUUUCCGACUAGCUCUUGACCAGGUUCCCGGUUGUGCUUAGGUAGUUGCAAGCGAGGGAAUUAAUUAAAAAGUUUUCCUGGACAAAAUUCUACCAUUGGAGCAAAAAGUAAUGCACUAAAUCGCCUACCGUUUAUGACACUGUAUGAGACUCACGAAAAGGAGAACAGAAAUAAGACGCUUCCGGCCCGAGGGCAGUAAAGAUUAAAAAGUGCAGUGCUGAUCGGUUUAAGUUCUACUUGACGUGUUGCCCUGGAAUCCUGGAGCGGCAUAGAAAAAUAGCUCCCGGUAGCCUUGUUUUAUUACGCAUCUUCACCGGAUGAUGAUGGUUGCCUCGAUACUCGUGCGGGUGAUGUGUUAGAUGAGCUUGCGCAAGCGCGAACCGUGUGGGUGUACAGGGGAAUUGGGGGAAUAAAAAAAGGAAGUCGUAGUGCGGAUGUGCGUCCAUUGUUGGCCCGAUGCUAUAAAACGGGUAAGCGACCAGCGAUAUUGCGUCCAGUGAAAGUCGAGCCACCGGAUGGGAGAGUCAAUUGUACCUGAAUGUGCUGCUCCCAGUAAAUGAUCCUAGUAACCCUGCACUACCGAGCCAUUUUGUUUUGUGCGAGUCGGUGUGCAAAUGAAGCCACCUGGUGUGUGUCCUACGUGUGUUAAGUAUUUGUAAUAAGUGAAGGUGUUCAAAUCGUUACGAAUGGAAAUAGUUUGGUGUGCCUGUAGGCAGUGAAUUGAAAUUGUACAUAAAACUAAUCGGCGCGUAAAGGAGUAGCAAACUACAAUCAAACAAAUCGUGUCGUACGACACUCCGAUCCGACAUCCUUCCAAUCAACCACAACGAACGAAAGAAAAUAGUAAGAAACAUCAAGUUGUGAGCGCGUGUGCAUCUGUCCAAUAUUGUUGACACAAUCAACCUGCUCCGUAGUGUCCGCCACCUGCAGUGCAUUGGGGAGGGGAAAACGCCGGAACGAUGGUUGCCGGCCACUGCAGUGUGUUUGGUGGUAUGGGAGAAAAAUGAACGCCACUGGUUGUGUAAAGCGUCGUGCUCCUGCUAGUGGUUCCGAGAGACAAAUGUCUGCUAGUGGACGCGGCGAUACUUACAGCGAUCAGCACGAUCAACCGAAACGCAGGCAGUGCCCCUGGAGAACCGGCAACGUUCCCGUGCUGCUAGAUCGUGGCCGAGCGAAUGACUGGAUGAGGUUAUAACUUGCAGUCUGUUGUAAAAGUAGAAGAGGGAAAAGAAAGCUCAACAAGCAACGAAGAAACGAAACGCAGAACAGAAAAACAGCAACAUUGAUAUCAACACGCAUGAUAGCGUCCGUAAACGAUGGCGGACGGAAGUAAAAAUAGUACCGAAGAUGGUACCGGAAGCGGUAUUGCCGGUACGGAACGGGCAUCACCACCGGCACGCCGACCAUUAUCGGUGGCCCGGCUAAAGGAGAAGGGCAAGAAGCUUGCCUCGGCCCACAUACACCGGGAGCUGGCCGUGAAUGGCACAUCGGACAGCUUGAACCGGCUGCUAGAUGAUUUGCUGUCGCCGGAAAGUACGAUAUCCAACAGUGACAACAUCGAAUGGUGCCGCUGGCUUGUUGCUGGUGGCCGAACACCGUCCGAGUUCGCUUCGAUUGUUCGCGCUUAUGACAACCAUGCGAAAUGCGGUCUGGUGUGGAUACCGCAUGUGGUCGCGUAUCGAUGUCGGACGUGCGGCAUCUCGCCGUGCAUGUCGAUCUGUCGCGAUUGCUUCAAGCGUGGCAACCACCGGAACCAUGACUUCAAUAUGUUUCUAUCGCAGGCCGGCGGUGCCUGCGACUGUGGCGAUACGUCCGUGAUGAAGGCGGAAGGGUUCUGUAGCGAUCAUGGGUUGAAUAACUGCCAGAACAAGGCACCAGUGCCGGACGAUCUGAUGCUGGUGGCGGAAGCGAUGAUGCCCCGGUUGAUCCUUCGGAUGUUGCUACACUUCCGGGAGUACAGUGGUACGAAUCUUGAUUCGGCUGACUGUCGGCGGACGGCGGAAUAUUGUAACGAUUACUGCGCCAUGCUGAUGGAGUUUAACAACAUGGGUGAGCUGAUGCGGCGCGUCAUGACCCGCACACUGAUCGAUCGGGGCGUUUACCGCCGGCUGCAGGAACCGCCGUAUCCGUCCACCUGUUACAGUAUGUACCUGCGGGACGGUUGGCUGCAGUACGAGGAAGCGCUGCGCCAAUUUCCCUCGCCGGAACCACCACCAGAUUAUGCGCAUCUCGCCGCACUGGGACGUACGAUCGUGCACGAGACGCUGCUGGAGGAGUUUAUCUUUUGGACGUUUAAGUACGAAUUUCAGCAGCAGAUCGUAUGCUUCCUGCUCAACAUGCUGCCGGAUCAGGACUACAAGGAGCACCUAACGCGCACGUUCGUGAUGCAUUACUGUCGCAUACCGAGCGUGCUGGAGCUUUCAAGCGAUCCGGACACACUCAGCAACCGGGUGGUACACAUGAGCGUCCAGCUGUUCUCGAACGAAAGUCUCGCGCUGAAGAUGGUGGAAGAACUCUCGCUGCUGCACGUUAUGAUCAUCAGCCUGCGGCAGAUGAUGUCGAAAAUACUGACGCCCCACACGCUCCACACGCCGGAACACAACUUCCAUUACGUGGUCGACUGUGCCGAGCGCGUUAUGAAGGAGCAUUGCUACUGGCCGCUCGUUUCCGACUUUAAUAACGUGCUGUCGCAUGAAUCGGUUGCGCUCGUCUUCCUGAAGGAUGACGAUCUUAUCGACAUGUGGUUCCAGUUCCUAUCGAUGCUGCAAGGAAUGAAUGUCAACAUUCGCGAAAUCAUCAGCCAUGUAGAGUACGAGUCCAGUUCCUACUAUGCCGCGUUCAGCUGCGAGCUGGAGGCGAGUGCCUACCCGAUGUGGUCCAUCAUUUCACACCUGCAAGAUCCGUCCCAUGCACCGCUAGCGAAAAAGAUUAUGAUGUACUGCGUGAACUAUCUGCAGGACUGGCUCGAUGCAAUUAACUUUUAUCAGCAGCCUAGAUUUGAAAAGGGUGAAAUGUUCCGAGCGUCAUUUCACUUUCCACUGCAUCGCUAUCUAGCUGCAUUUAUCUGUCAGGGUGUGAAAACGAUGGGGAUGUCAUUAAACGAUAUUUUACCGUCGGCAGACCUGUUACCGAAGUUAAUGAUGCAUCCACUGCGUGUACAGAGUCUGUUCUACGAGAUCCUGUCGGGCGUAUGGGUACGGAAUGGGCUGCAGAUCAAGGGUCAGGCGAUGACCUACAUACAGGCCAACUUCUGCAACUCGAUGGUGGACAUGGAUCUGUUCUUUCUGCAGAUUUGUGCCACCCAGCUACCACCGAACCUGUUCGUGAGCGAGUGCAUCAUGAUGUUUGGCGUCGAGGACUGGCUGGGCAUGAGCGUCCUAAGCACACCGCCCGAGAUGGAGCAGGACUCGAUGCUGGAGGGUUUGCUAACGUUCCUAGCGACGCUGAUAACGUCGCGCAUCAACCUCGGCAACGACGAGACGACGCAGUGCGUGAUCGAGAUCAGUGCGCUGCUCGCGACCGGUGACAAAACGCACAGCCAGCUGCUGGAGCUGAUGCCGGAACGGAGCGGCAAUGCGCACACGCGCAACUUCGAGCGCUACCUGAAGGAGCUCUCGAUCUACCGGUCGCCGCCGGUUGGGUCGGAAAAUCUCGAGCAGGGUUUGUUUAUGCCGGUGCCGGCAGUGUGGGAGCGCCAUUACGAUCCGCUGCACGUGCUGCUGCGUGCGGUGCACCGGCGCGACUUCCAGAACUCGCUCGACCGGUUCGGUGCGUACGUGAAGCAGGUCGGCAAGAUGCCACGGAGCGGCAACCUGUGGCCACCGUUCCGGUUGCCGAGCUCGUGCGGUCCGGCGUACAGCGAUCCCGGUGCGAUACUCGGUUCGCGCAUCCUGCACGCAACCAUCCUUGCCAUCUUUUACCGUGCGGUGCACAAGCACAACGUGUCCGAGCAUAUGCUGGCGCUGGCCGUGUUUCUGCUGGAGAUGGCGGUAUGCAAUGCGGGUGCGGUCGGUGGUGAAGCAGCGACCAGCCGUUCGACGGUGGGCGAUAGUGCGGCGGCAAGCAAAAGCAUCGAGGAGCAGUCCGGUACGGUCGGUGCGGCCAGUGAGACGGUGCCAGAUCUGCUGAACUGCUAUCCGAGCAACUGUUUGAGCGAUAAUCUUAAGAUGACGGUCAAGCGUAUCUCACUGCUGCCGGCAAUGCGUCGUUCGCCGGUUUCGUACCGUCCGCUGGACGGUGGUUCACCGCCCUUCGACAGUGACGUCGAGUGGGAUCUGUCCGAGGAUGAAACGCUUAUGAUGAUCGGCAGCAAUGCGGAGGGUGAAUCAGCAUCCGGCACGAUGGCAACAGGAACUACCACCGCCGGGAGUAGUGCAGAGCGUGCAGUUGUUGGUGUACCGGGCAGCGGCGGCUCGGAUCAACAGCUCGUGCCGGCGCGUGGCAUCGGUAGCGGUGUCGAGGUAGUACCCAUAACGCAGGAUCUUUCGCAGAUGGGUAACAGCCUAAUGUUUCCAGCACGUCGUCCCGCUAUACACGCACCACCAGCCGCAUCCAGUGGCGUUAGUAGUAGUGGUGGUGGUGCUAUCAGCACAGCAACUUCCACUACCCAGAUGGUGGUGGAAGAGGAAGAGGACGAUGUGGACGAUGAGGAGCUAGACGAUAGCAAUCAGCGUCGGACGCGUGAGACAACGAGCACGGCCACGGUAACGGCGGGUGCGAGUGUUGGCAGUACGGGGCAACCGAUAACGAUGGAGAUGGCUUUAAGACGGCGACGUUGGCAUUUGCUGCAGCGAUUGCUUGGCCGGCAGGCGGGAAGUGCAUCGGAACCGCAGGACGAAGACAUGCCCGCGUAUCACGUGAUGGAUGCGGAUGGGGAUGUGGUGGUGGAGGAGGAAGAGCAGCAGCCGAGCGAGUUGCUGGCAAUGCGUGCCCGCUACCUGAUGCUGGAACGGCGACGUAGCAGCGCCGGUAAUGCGAACGUCGUACAGCCGGCCGACGUUGACGACUACAUCGAUGACGAGGAGGACGAAGACGACGAUGAUGAGGAAGAGGACGAGGUGGAGCAGGGUGAGCAGCCGGUAAGCGGCGACGGUGGUGUAACUGGAGGUGUAGCGAACGGUGCAAACGAUGGACAGCCGAGGCGAAGGGUUGAUGCGGAUGACGAGUCGGCAGACAUUGCCGAUAUACAGUCGAUUGUGCCACGAACAUUGCUGGUCGGUGGUCGGACCCGUGCCCUGCAACAGCUGGGCCGCCGGCGACAAGAUGGUGGUGGUUCACUGCAUCAUCACCAUCACCACCAUCAUCAUCAUCACCAUCAUCCGUCCGGUGGUGGUGGUGUCGGUCCGGGUACGCUCAUACGCACGAACGGUCCAGCGCGAGCGACCGAGUUCAUCGUAGAGGAAGCGGCUGAUGAGGUCCCGGGCACCGGUAUGUCUGGCAAUGUUACGACCGGUGUUGAGCUGAUGAUUCGGCAUGAGUUUGUACCCGUGCCGGGCACCGGUGUGGACGGUGGUGGUGGACAGGAGAUAGCGAUCCCACAACAGCAACAACGUGCCCUAACGCCACCCGUGUUCGGUACAACGGCUGGGGGUGGUGGUGUUGCUACUGGGGCAAGCGAAACACCGAGCAGCGGUGGUAUGUUGCUACCGUUCAACAGAGUAACACCCGCAACCGCGACCGCAGCAACGACCGCCGGUGCAAGCAUGAGUGUCGUACCGCAGCAACCGAAUCAACUGCAAAGCUACUACCAUGCGAAUCACCACCAUCACCAUCAUCAUCACCAUCGGCACCAUCAUCAUCAUCACCAUCACAAUCAUCUUGCCGGGUCGGGCACGGUAGGAGCGGGCGGUAGUGUGACAGGUGCUGGUGGGCAACAGCAAAGCCCACAGUCAUUACAGCAGCAAACACCACGGCACUACCAUCAUCGCAGUUUACAGCCGGCCGGUACUGCAGGAGCGAGUGGAGCAAGUGGGGCCGGUGGUGCGGGAGGCCCCGGUACCGGUGGGCCCGGUUCGGGAGGUGGACAACCGAACUGGACGCGCUUCAAGCGGCGUAACCUGAUGGGAAACCAUCGGCAUGCGGGCGGUGGCAACUCCGGCACUACCACUGGCUGUGAAAUGACACCGCGCGAGGGUGGUGGGAUCGGCGGUGGAGGGCGGGGCGAUGGGUCGAAUGAAAACGAUACGAUCGUGCUGGAAGAGUCGAUCAUUUCGCUGCUGUUGAAGUUACACUCACAGCUAAGCGGUGCCCUGGACAGCUUCUCGCUGGACGACGAAACCGAGGAUGAGCUGGCGGCCGGAAGCAGCAGUAGUAGUGGUGUCGAAGGAUCGGUAACCAAUCCACCAUCGGCAUCAUCCUCCUCGGCGUCCACCGCUCACAGCCAGCAGCGUCAGGAUGAUGAUGAACACGCCAAAAUGGAGUUAGACGAGGACGAGGGUACACCGUCGGCCGGUGGUAGAAGUAAUGAAGCUAGUCAACAUAAGGAAUCUGCUGCAUCGCAUGGACAGCAGCAGCAGCAGAAGAAGCAACAGCACCACCACCACCACCACCAUCGCCGUGGUCGUAUCUCAGAUUCGCGCAUCGGCGACGGUCCGUUCUUUAUAGGGAAUCUGCUGCACAAGAUCGCGGCACUGGACGAAACGUGUGCGGUGCGUAUCGAACAGAUCCGAUCGGAGCUGUGGCCGAACCAAAGAGAGCGCCAGGCGGAGCAGAAGGCACGCGAGGCACGGGAAAAGGAGGAACGUACCAAGCGUGCCAAGGAGCGGCAGAAGAAGAUGAUGGAGGAGUUCGCCAACCGGCAGAAGCGCUUCAUGCUGCUUGCGAUGGCAUCGAUGGGUGGCGAUGCAACCGGGAUGGACUUUGGUUACGGUGAGGAAGAGCCGGAAAGCGAUACGGGCAGCGGUGAUACGGCUGCGGCACGGGUCGCUGCCGAACGGCGGGCAGCCGAGGAGCAGCAGGCGGAAGCGUUACGCGAGAAGGAGUACGACUGCAUCAUCUGCAACACGUCCGGUCCGAGCACGGAAACGAACCCGAUCGGGUUGGUCGUGCUGGUAGAGUCGAGCAGUGUGGUCGGCCACCGUCGGACACGGUCCGAGCGGCUUGCACUGCCACUGAGCAGGGAAGAUUUGGCACGGCUAACGGAAAGUGUAACGCUAGCGAGUGAGUUUAACAAACGCAUCGAGCUGCUGCAGUGGAAGUUCGGCCAAACGUCCUGGUUUCUGUCGCACAACAUCGGCUGGGAGGGUGGCGUACACAUACAAUCCUGCGGCCAUCAUGUGCAUCUGUCCUGUCAGGACGCCUACCUAAAGUCACUCCAUACGCCCCGCAGCCCGAACAAUCUGAACGUCGAGCUGGGUGAGUUCUUCUGUCCGGUCUGUCGGCAGCUGGCAAACUCGGUGCUGCCCCUUAGUCCGGCACUCGAUCGGCCGGCACCGCUAAUCCGCACACCAACACCACCGCACCGUGCACUCGUGCUGGAGCUGAUACAGCUAUUUCAGGAAAGCAAACGGGCACCGAUGGCAAGCAAGUUCUGUGAAGCGAUGGGCCGUGCGAUGGGCAACAUAACCGCCUGCACACAGCGCAACAUCAAGCGUUACCCGGUAACGCUCCAGAGCUUGUUCUCGUUCGUACUGUCGAUUGCGCGCACCAACCUCGAGGCGGAAGUGAUACAGCGUGGCGGUUCACUGUGCAGCACGGAAGACAUCCGGUACAAGCCGAAGCGUGACUGUAUAGUGCCACUGCUGCACGUACUAUCGCUGCACGUCCGGCUGAUGAUUAACGACGAUUGGCCGAUCCGGUUUAAGGUCGGUGACGAUUGGCCGUGGCACUCCUGGUCGCGGCUUGCCGGCAUCCAGCUCGCGUACGGUAGCGACGAUGUGGAGGUCGGUGUGGAAGCGAGCGAAGAAUCGGUCGAGCGGUUGGCGAUGGUACCGGCACGGCACGACGAUCACGAUGAGGAUGAUGCCGAUGAGCUGCAGAAGGAUGUUAAGCAUCGGGCCCGGUUACCGGCAAGCAUACGCGGCAUGCUAUUACCACCACCGGCGGCGGACACUAGCGAGGAUGAUACGGCACGCAGCACCGAUUCAGCGUCAUCCGGUACGGCAUCGACAGCAAUGGACGGUACAGUGCCAUCCGCCACCACAACGCCAACGACGACACCAACGAUGACAGCAACGGCGACGACGACGACGACGACUGCUGCCACCAGCACUAUCGUCGACACGGAAACCAUUCCCGAUCUGAUUAGCGAUCCGACCGCACUCAUGCUAAAGUUCAUCCUGCUUGCACCACUCCAUCUCGACCAAGCGUAUUUUACAUGCAUCGUGAAGGUGAUGUACAACCUGCUGUACUAUCAGAUAGUGCUGCAACUUUGCACCCACCUGACGGAUGAAGAGUGUGAUGAAAUUCUCGCUCGGUAUGGGCCAACGGCACAACCACCACCAGUGCUGGUGCGAGAGCGUGGCGUCCCUCACAUCGGUGUAGCGAUGGCGUUCGUGUUAAGUCAGCUCGAUCGCUGCCGUCACAUCCGCAGCGACAGCAUACUGAUGGGCGAUGCCGGUGGAACCGGUGACGGUAUGGAGUCGAGUUCGGGCGAUACAUUAACGAUGGACACAAGGGUGGCGGGUGCUAGCGGUACCGCCACCAAGCGCCUUAAUCUCGACGUAUUUGAGAAGCGUUUGCAGCGGCUGUGUUUACCGUUUCUGCGUGUCGCUGCACUGCUCCGUCACCAUAUCUAUCGUGCGGAGAUACCGGAAAUAGCCGGUCCGCAGCUAGAGUUUGCACGGCUCGUUUAUUUUCUCGAGCUGGUAACGGUGUCGAUGGACUGGGACAAGUUCAACGCGAGCAAGGCGCUGUGUUUUCUCGCCGGUACGGAACUAUCGCUGCCGAAGAAUUGGUGCGAUCAGCUGCGCAACCUGCGCCCGACGUACGAAUCGACACGCUCGCUCAUUGUGCAGCAGCAUAUCGAGUGGCGUCAACCGAAGCUGCUCGGUUUACCGCGCGAAUACGAACGGCUCUUUACGUAUUACCACGAGCAACCGUGCCAGAAGUGUCAGAACGUACCGAAGGAAAGCUCCAUUUGUCUUCUGUGUGGCACCAUCGUGUGUAUCAAACAAACGUGCUGUAAGGAAAUGGAUUGCUGCGAAGCAGUAAGGCAUUCGAUCAGCUGCGGUGGAGGGACGGGCAUUUUCCUCGUAAUAACUUCGACGUACAUCAUCAUCAUUCGGGGACAUCGGGCGUGUCUGUGGGGCUCGCUCUACCUGGACGAUUACGACGAGGAAGAUAGGGAUUUGAAACGCGGUAAACCACUAUACCUUAGCGAAGAUCGGUUCAAUCUGCUCGAAUCACAGUGGCUUUCGCAUCGGUUUGCCCACACCAAGCACAACUGGGUUUGGCAUCGUGAUUCGCUGUAAAACAACAAUGUUGUUCUCCCUUACCAGGCUUCAUUUGUACAUGGGAAUACUUGAUCCGAAAACUGAGAAGAAAUUAAAUGGUGAUCGUGAAUAAGAAAAAAACCCGUGACAAAUGGAGCAAAAAAAAAAAAAUCGGUGAAAAUGAUAGCCGACAUUUAUUAUAUUGAAUAUGCGAUCGUGUUGUGUGUGGACGUACCGUUUUGUGAUAUUUUUCUACAACCUCACCAAGGAUCGAAUUUGGCUAGCAAACUGUAAGAGGGAUACCAGAACGAGAUAGGGAGAGAGAGAGAGAGAGACAGACAGGGAGAGAGUAAGAGAGCAAGCUGUAGGAAGCAUUAUUUUUCGUUUUUUUUGUUAGCAUUACAAUCUAAUGACGGAAGUUUAUGAUGACGAACCUGUUCCCCGAUGAUAGUCGGACGUACCGGACGUGUCGUUCAUUUGAAUUUCUCUACCUACCCGACUACAGCGCGUGUAAACAGAAGCGUAAGCAUCAGAGCGAGAAAAAGAAUGAGAGAAUGAAGAUUAAGCGGAAGAAAAUGGCGGAACGUCAAAAUGGUGGUAUUUUGUGACAAAAUUGUGAUAUAUAUACUCUAUUUUUACCAUUGCCUCUCCCGGGGGGAAAAAAAGCGGGCGACGGGUUCUCCAUCACCGUGCGUCCCUUUACACUUCAAUUUCCUUCCUCUCACCUGCCUGCUCCACACCACACAGCACACACCUGUCUACCCGAGCUGCCCAUUCAUCCUUUCCCUUUUUCCAACCGUUCCUUAAGGCGAUGCUUGGUUGCAACGCCAGCGCUUGCGCAUGCUCCUACUCCAAGAGCGGUGCACUGGUUGGUUAUCAGUUUCUUUAUCAUAUUUGUUAUUCAUUUGUUUUCUAGAGGAUGUGAACGUUUACUAAACGUUUGAACGAUUGUAUAUGCGCGCCGUCGAGGCAAAACCUUAGCUACAUACACACAUUCGUAUUUAUGUAGGCAUAUACAGACAUAUAUUAAAGGAUUAUAUAUGUUAGAUAGUUAGCUAUAAUUAGGAACAGAUAAUGAACGAUUUGUGAAAUAAGCAUUGCGUAACGAGCUGGACACACACAGGAAACAAAAUGAAGGGUGAAAAAAACGUUAAGAAGAGAAAAAAACUGGAACCAAGAUUUAUGCAUACCUACUUACCAGAUACCGUAAAUCGUGUAAAUGGUAUUUGAUAUAAAGGAUGAUAUUAACCCUUGUUCCUGGUGUACUAGAAAUCGAUACUUAUAUUACAUAUAUUAAUCUCUGCUCUCAUCGACCCUCAUAGCGCUAGGUAUAUUAUUCAAUUGAACUUUUCGUAUACAAUUUCGAGCAUUCGCAUGUUACAAGACAAGUAACAGGCAUGAUAGUGAUUAAUGCUCUUACAUCCAUUUUCCAGUCUCCUGUCAGCUAACACCAUUUGCGUAAAUCUCACACCGUGUGCUUCAAUACCAUACAUGUAAUGUUUUGGAUGUUUGGCUGUUUGAAUGGUAUGUGUGUGUGUGUCAGGUUGAGAAUUCAUGUAAAGCGCAGCUCUUAACUAAACGGUGCCCUGCAUUUUUCGAAAAAAAUGGGUCAAAGCAUAAGCCAAACGCACAUCGCACUUCGUAAGCAUUAAUUUGUUUGCGAAAUUUUGCCCGUCAGGGUUGCAGUUACUGUUGCACUGAAUGGCAAAUGGUUCACAACUGCAAAGAAAAAUAAGAUACACGCAAAAGGAGAGGGAAAAUGGCGUGCAUGUCCAACAACUGAACGCGAAUUAAUAAUUGUGAGGUGCGCAAAAUUUUCACAUUUGUCAGUAGCGAUGCGAUAAAUAUGUUCAGCUGAGUACGUUCAACAUAUGAUGAUUGUAAAAUGUAUUAGAAUAUCAAAUUAACGGCGUUAAAGAAAAAAACACAAGAAUUGGCACGGUUAACUGUUAAUGUUAGAUAGUUGGAAAAGGGGUUUCCUUCUUCUGUGCUUUAUCUGCGUGUUUAAACCUUCUUUUUUCGUCCCUUCUUCCCUCUUUUUCACAUCCCCUUCUACGUCACAAGCAGCUUACUGUUUGCAGCUAGCUGAAUGUGACCACAAGUCCCAUUUUUAGUUUGUGGAGACGUGUGGGUUUUGAUGUUGCAGGUGCAUUUUCAUGCAGAUGCACACUACAACUUACUGCCUCCUUAACCGAAUACUACAAUUACACUUAAAUUCUUCUAAUGUUAUGAUUGCGUACGGUUAUUAUUACGAUUAUUACGUUUACUCUCUACCCCGCUAAUAUGUAUUACCUCUAUGAAUUGUGUAUAUUGAAGUGUAGUGUUAAUAUAGUAGAUAAAUGUAUCAUCGUAUGCAUCGUAAAACAUGAA